ACCUCCUCCGCCAUCUUCUCUCCUCUGUCCCGCUCUGCCAUCUCUGCGCAUCGCAGCUCCUCGUCGGGCAGUUACCACACCAAACAUAGCCACGCAGCGCCGCCAUUUCCGCGGCUAUGCUGCCGCAGUUCAAUACUUGUCUUUGGGUGCAGGAAGGCGACGUCCAUGAACACCAGGGCCUCGGUCACGACCAGGCGGCGCUGAUGGGGCUGGAGGCCGGCAACCACCACGACCAGCACCUCCUGCCUAUGCCCUCGGGCGGAGGCGGGGGGUUCGGCGCCCCACCGAUGCUUGAUGAUGACAGCUGGUACUUCGACGCGGUCGGUGACGCCGCCGGGAACGGGUCCAUGAUCCCGGCGCCGGCAACUGUGGAAGCGUCGGGAUCUAGCUCCGGAUUCGGGGAUGCUUCCCAGAUGUUCCCGCUCCUCGACGUCCCUGGGUUCGACCUCGACAUCUCCGGCGACCUCUCGGCGUUUCUUGGCGCCGGGAACGCGCCGAACGCAUCCCUGCUGCCGCAUGGGAACACAGACUUCCUCGGCUCGUUCGGUGGCUUCGGCACCGCACCGGCACAAACGACGGACUUCGGUGACCUCGCUGGUUUCGACUUGUUCGAUACCGGUGCCCCGGGCUGGAGCGGCCCAUCCUCAGAGGGGCCGGCUGCUCCGGCGCCCCAGACCGCUGCCUUCUCUGGGCAGGGCAACGCGAAGGUGCUGAGGCCGCUGGAGAACUUCCCGGCGUCGGGCGCGCAGCCAACGCUCUUCCAGAAGCGCGCACUCCGGCGUAACGCCGGGGAAGAGGACGGCGGGAGGAAGCGUAAGGCAGCGGAGCCUGACAUAAUACUCGACGACGCCGACGAUGACAUCAUCAGCAUCGACGCGUCCGGGCUGAAUUACGACUCGGAGGACGGGAGGGGCGUCGAGGAGAGAGGCAGGAAGGACGGCAACGAGUCCAACGCCAACAGCACAGUCACCGGCGGCGCUGCGGCUGAAGGGAACGGGAAGAAGAAGGGGAUGCCGGCCAAGAACCUCCUGGCGGAGCGCCGUCGCCGGAAGAAGCUCAACGAUCGGCUGUACGCGCUUCGGUCUGUCGUGCCUAGGAUCAGCAAGAUGGACAGGGCUUCUAUUCUUGGUGAUGCAAUCGAGUACCUCAAGGAGCUCAAGCAGAAGAUCAAUGUUCUUCAGAAUGAGCUGGAGGCAUCUCCUUCCGCGUCCUCGCUGCCUCCGACACCUACAAGCAUCCACCCUCUGGCUCCUACAACUCCUACAAUGCCCGCGCUGCCAUCUCGCGUGAAGGAGGAACUGACAAGCUCUCCUGCUCAGGAACCAUGUGUUGAGGUCAAGCUUCGGGAAGGUCGGAUCGUCAACAUCCGCAUGAUGUGCUCUCGCAGGCCAGGUGUUGUGCAUUCUUCCUUGAAGGCCCUCGAAGGCCUUGGUCUUGACGUGCAGCAAGCUGUUAUCAGCUAUUUCAAUGACUUUACAUUGGAUGUCUUCAAGGCUGAGCAGUGCAAGGAUGGCCCUGGUCCUCAGGCUGAGGAAAUCAAGGCGGUGCUCCUGAAAUCUGCGGGGUUCCAUCCAGCGGCCUAGGAGGGAGAGCAGAGGACAGUAUACCAAAGGAAUUUACAAGGAGUCUUUUUUCGUUCCAAAAGACGAAUUUGCAAUAAGUACCCAUGGUUUUGGACAUAAUAAUGUCAGUUAUCUGUUUUACUCGAGUA